AUGCAGGUUCAUCGGGACCCUUCUGCUCUCAGCCCUGCUGCCUUGGCCAAGCACAGUCAGGAGGAGGCAUGUGAGAAUCUGUGGCAGAUCCAGCCUGUCUCUGGGGGGCCUAGUCUGCAAAUGGGGGCUCCCCACCAUGUGUGGGGUGUUGGUUAUCAUCCGGAGUGUGCCAGUGCCAUCCACUGGCAAUUCCAUGUGAUAGGGCCAAAAGUGCCCAUCAUUGCCAAAGUUGGGGAAGAUGCUGUGCUGUCCUGCCAACUUAGCCCAAUGAUGAACGCUCAGAACAUGGAUGUAAAAUGGUACCGAAACCACUCUUCAGCUCUUGUACAUCAUUAUGGUGCUUCCCAGGAUCAUACAGAGAAGCAGAUGCCAGAGUACCGAGGGAGGACAGGGUUUCUGAAGGAGAACAUCACCAAAGGGCAGGCGGCCCUGAGGAUCCAUUCCAUCCGCCCCUCAGAUGGUGGGGAGUAUAGCUGUUUUUUUGAAAGCUCCACAUACUAUGAUGAUGCAAUGUUUGAAGUAUUGGUGACAGGUUCGGGUAUAGCCCCUCAGAUUCAUGUUGAGCCUGGCAACAAGAAAAUUAAGCUGACCUGUACAUCCACCGGGUGGUACCCAGAGCCUGAGGUGCACUGGAGGGACCUGAAAGGACAGCUGUUGGUGCCAGAUGCUGAGACAAAGGCAACAGAAGCAAAUGGACUAUUUCGUGUGGAAACAUCUGUAACAGUGGAUGGAAGUUCAAGUGGAGCUGUCUCCUGUCUCAUAAGAAACCCAAUCCUCAGUGAGGAGAAGGAAGUGUAUAUUUCUGUAGCAGGACACAUAAAUAAAUUGUUCGAUUCCUUACUUCAAGAGAAAGAUUCCUUACUUCAAGAGAAAGGACACAUAAAUAAAUUGUUCGAUUACUUACGUCGAGAGAAAGAGGAAAUAAAGGAAGAGAAAG